CGUCCUUUGCCUCAUCAUCCCUCUCUCCACACGCACACACACACACACACACACACACACACACACACACACACAUUCACACCCCCUCUCUCCUCUCACCCUCGCCCUAACACACGCGCGCACGCACGCACAGAACCCAAGCACAUGACAAUCUCAUCACCAAUUGUUAUUGCUGCAAUCCAACCGGCGCAGCAGCUGCCGCUGAAUGGCACUGUUGUUACGUGAGGUGACAUGCGCGACAACGACAUGCUUCCACGCACGGCGAGGUGCCUCGUACCCCCUCGCACCGCCACCACCGUCACCAGCAUCACCCGCCAUGUCGAGCGGAGAAUAAGCGAGAUGCAGCGGUGAGGCGUGCCAUUUUUCUCACCUCGCCAAUCUUCGCGCUUCAGCCACCUGAAGCAGGCCCUCGUGGACCAUAACCUGGCGCCCAGCACCGCACACCAAUAAGGGGACAACAGAGCGCGCAUCCGCACACGCAGCGAUGGCGCCACGCACCCAGGAUGCUGCUGCGCUGCCAGCCAGCACCCACCAAAACACGCCAGCACCGCGGCCAACGACGCCCGCUUCGAGCGCGCUGCCAAGCACCAGCACAAGCACAACGCCACUCUCUGCGUGGGUCGACCCCAGUAUCGUUCCCAGCAACAUGAUCCUCUCCGACAAGCCCAAGUUUACCGGGUCGCCCGCACGCUUUGGGUCCUCCUCGUCCUCGUCCUCUUCCUCACUUGCACCGGCACCAUCGGACAGUGGGCUGCCGGCGAGUGCACUGCCGCUCACGGACGUGACCAUCACGGCGGAGCCCGCCACCAACGGCAACAGCCGCUACAUGUGGCUGGCGCUGUUUCUCAUGACGCUGUUCACGGGCGCAGGCAUCUUCCUCUUCCGCGUGCAAGUUGUCGUCAUGGGCGACGAUGACGCGCUCGACCCCGGCACCUUCAUCGCCUUCCUCUGCCUCGGAAGCUUCGUGGGCCAGCUCCCAUAUGUGCUGCAUCUCGCGCGGCAGGUCACGAGCGCCCGGCCCACCAAGUUUGUCUUCCUCGGCGCCUUUGCCGGCAUCUUCAACUGCGCGGGCAUGAAUGGCUACGUGAUGAUGACCACAGACGGCGGCGAGGCCUCGCUGCUCGCACCACUCACCUCCCUUUGGGUCGUGCUGCCGGUGCUGUAUGGCGUUGUUGUCAUUGGCGACCGGCUGUCUGGCCGGCGCUGGUUUGGCGUGCUGCUAUCCAUCGGCGCGGGUGUCAUGUUCGCGUUUAGCGGCGGCGGCGAAGGUGUCGACUUCAGUGACACACGCACCGUCGGUCUUUACUUCCUCUGCUUCUUCGGCUGGGGCAUCUGCACCAUCCUCUUCCAGCUCGUGUCUGCUGCCAAGGACGGCUCUUUCGCUGCCGGGUACGCGGCGAACGUGUUUGGCUUUGCGCUCACGGGCGUCAUCUUCGUUGCCGCCGUUCACCGCUCCAUCGACUGGCACCUCACUGCCGGUCACGCCAUUGUUGCUGUUGGCGGCUGCCUGCACGGCUUGGGUACCGUGGGCUUCCUGCACCUGUGCAAGACCAUGCCUGAGGAGGCAGCUGUUGUUGCGCCUCUCAGCACCCUGACGGUUUUGUGGCCCGUCUUCUUUGGCAUGAUCAUCCUUGGCGAGUCGUCUCCCCCUCUCAAGAUUGCAGGCAUCAUUGCCGCUGUCUUUGGCGCCCUUCUCAUGGGCAUCCAAGACCUGAACGAGCUCAAGGACAUGAUCUUCAAGAAGCGCGGCGAGCCCGUGGUGUACGAGCACGUGAACCUGCUUGCGGGCAAGCCUGUGGUGCGUGGCGGCUACGACGUGUCUGACGCUGUGGAGGAGGACACGCGGGUAGUGAUCCGGUCUGCGCGCGCACGCAAGGGCCGUGUGACGCUGACGCUUGAGGUGAGCGCACCGCUGCUGUCGACGACGGAUACGGAGGUGAUUCACCUGCCCACCAUCACCCUCGACCCCAACACCAUCGAGCAAGACGACGACGACGAUGGGGAAGGCAACGACGAUGAUGAUGCUGAAGGCACCGCCACCACCACCACCACCAACAACAACAACAACAACGGUGACGCGCUGGCGAUUCACGAGCGCGAACGCCUUACAGCAGCAACAACAACUGCAGAGCAGUUUGGCUUUGACCAUCAGCAGCAACAGGGCGGCGGUGCUGGCCGACUGGAAUCCACGUCCAUGUUGUCCUCGUCCACGCUGCCUUUGCUGCCGCCAGGCCACGUUGCACCUGGUGAUACUGAGACGACCGUUGUUGUUGUGGACCAUGGUGGUCGUGGUGAUGGUCGGCACUAAGUAAGGAACUACACAAGUGUGGAUUGUGAAGUCAUGCAUUGUGGCUUCCACAUGCGUUGACGCAUGUAACGUCAAUGUAUGUAUGCACGUAUGUUUGCGUAGGCACGUGUGUGUGUGUGUGUGUCCCACGUGUUCUCUUUCUUGACUCUUGACUCUUGACCUAGGUCUGUACUUCUCUUGACCGGCUGUGUUCCUUCCUUCCUUCCUUGCGAUCUUCGGCUUUCUUCCAAUCUCUAGAUGAAUGUUGCAAUUGUUGCUCCUCCUACCAUGCCCGUACCUUCUGCACUUUCUUCCUCUUUCCAUACAUCGUUUCCUGUUCUUACCUCGAUGUCACAAACGUGCGCGCCAGCGUAGCGCUGUCAUGUUGGAACGUUGCAUGACAAACCAACUUCACACUGUAGUAAACAACCUCACCAACUCCA